AUGUUGAGACUCAACAUGAGAUUAUGCCUAGCAAUUUUGUGUCAAGCUACCCCCUUAAAGAGGCAGAUGAAGUUUGAGGGCAUUGAUGAAACUGUGGAUCUAAGCACUUCACGGACAAAUGGUCCCAAGCGUCCUCGCUUAAGCAACUCCCGGAUUGGCUCGAAGAAGAAUGCUUUUGCGUGCUGGUUCUACGAGAAAAUUCACAAAAGUAUUGCACUAAGCCGAAUGGUGCCGCAAAUUUCGAACUCGUAUAUUCUAUACUUCGGAGAAUCAACGCUGAUGGCCUGCCUGUUGUGUCUAAUCCGUUUCAAAUUUGACGAUAGAGUUAUCACUGUGCUGUGUAAAAUUCAUCUACAGAUUGCGCGGUUUCGUAUUCAAGACAGACUACACAUGGGUCCAAGGGAUGUAGGUUCAUUUACUGGAAAUUACUUUUCUGCUAAUACCAUGGCUACCUUGCUAGAUGCUGAGAUUGGGGCUACUAGUUUUACGGAUUACUGCCUAGCAGACGGCAGAUACUGCGAGCACUAG